UUUCAGGAUUAUUUUAUGACCAGAAGCUCAAUUCUCUUCCGACAGUAACAAGCCGGUUUAUCAUCAGAGAUGUCAGUUGUAAAUGUGUAUGCAACAUCUGCAACGACAGAGAAUCUGUCUCGACACGAAAUGCUCAUGUGGGUAAACGAUUGCUUGCAGUCAAAUUUUGCAAAAAUUGAAGAAAUGCAUACGGGUGCCGCUUACUGUCAAUUCACAGAUUUCCUGUUUCCUGGUUCAAUACAGCUGCGGCGGGUAAAAUGGAACAGCAGAUUAGAAUUGGAUUGGUUAAGUAACUGGAAAUUGCUGCAGACAUCAUGGAAAACUCUAGGUGUUGAUAAAAUUGUUCCCGUGGAGAAACUUAUUAAGGGAAAAUUUCAGGACAAUUUUGAGUUCCUGCAAUGGUUUAAGAAAUUUUUUGAUGCAAAUUUUGAUGGACACGAAUAUGAUCCAUUGGAAGCUCGAGGUGGCGAACCAUUACCAUCUGAUGUAAAGAUAAAUCCACCUUCGCGAAUGCCUGCGAAGUCGUCAGCUCCACCUGUCAGGAAAUCCACUCUCUCGACAUCAAAUGCUUCUGUGAAUAAAGGUGAAAUGCGAAAAGCACCAGCUGUUGGCGGGAAAGUUAAUCCAACUCGAACAGCUGCACAGCCUGCUGCAGCUAGUACUGCGCGAACUGCUGCCAACCCCGUGCAACCUGCGGUAGAUCCUCAGAUAAUGGCGAAUUUAAAACGCGAAUUGGAGGAAGCCAAGGAACAGAUAGCUGAAGGUGAUAACGUGAUAGUCAGUCUUGAAAAGGAGCGUGACUUUUAUUUCUCGAAGUUGCGGCAGAUUGAAGUGAUAUGUCAAGAUAAUGAACAAAUUGGAACCGUUGACGUAGGUCGUGUACUUACGAUAUUGUAUGAAACAGAAGAAGGAUUUGCGCCGCCGGAUGAGAACGAGGUGGAGAACGGUGAUGAAGUUUACUGAAAGCAAGAAACUGAUAAUUCUGCAAGAACAAAAGCAGAAUAAAAUGUUUAAAGCUGUGGUCCUUUUUUUCUGUUAAUCUUAUGAUUUUAUUGCUAUUUAAAAUGAUUUACGUCUCGUUUUUUCUUUUGCUUUUGAAUUGCCAUAUUUUGUUUAAAAGUAAUGACAAUCACUCGAACGCGUGUUCGUUUUACAUCCUUUUUUGUUAUCAGAUAUCUAAAUUAGUCAUUUUAGGCAUUGUUGUUAAUUUAUAUAAAUUUAUUUCAAUAUACUAGUGCGUAUAAUGCAUAUUUUAUAAAAGAAA